AAAAUUUGGGGGAAAAAAAAUCCUUUUUAUUCUUUAAAAUUUGGGGGAAAAAAAUCCUCUCAUAUUCAAUCUCAUUUGGUCUUGCCGUUUCUCUCUUCUUUCUCCCAACAACAAAGCAAAUCGAGUCAAGACAACCCAACCACCACACCACCGCCGGCCAGCCGCCGCGACCACUCACAUGUCACCUUCUUCUCCAUCCAUCACCCGCCGGCGCAUCCUCCUGACCUCCUCCAUCUUCUGUGUUAUCUCCAUCUCUCUCCAAAAACCCUAAUUUAGGUGAGCAUACUAUUGGCUUAUGCUAUUGUAUAGAACAUAAUUGAAAACCCUCGGUUAGUGGUUUAGGGUUGAAAGAAAGAAAGAAAGAAGCAAUGGCUCGUAGAGGAGAAGAAGAACAACAAGUGUUUCGUCGCGUUAAGAGAGAACGCCUCAACGCCGCCGCCGCCACGGAGGAGAAGGAUGAAGAAGAAGAAGAAGAGGAGAAUCAGGACUCCAGUAUUCGCAGAAUCAUCCGCUCCGAGUUCUUCAAACUCAAGUCUCUUAUCAAUGAGGAAAAAGAUGAUUUGAUGAACGGUGAUUCAGAGAAGUUCGAUUCAAUCCUUCACGAGUUCGAUAAGUUACAUGAGCAAGUGAAGAAACCUCGAGAACAGGUUGCUGACGCUGAAGCACUUCUAGAUCUGACACGCACUCUUGUUGGAUCCGUUAAAUCUCUUGUCAACGAAGGUGUUACUCCUUCUCAGUUUGUUUCAUCUCUUCUCAAACACUAUGCUCACCCACCCAACAACGCCGCUUCCAUUGACUGGCAUAAACUCGGCAUUUCUGUUUCCCCCAUUUUCCUCACUGUUCAUGGUUCCUCUACCAUGCUUGGUCCCAUGGAAAAUCAGUUGAAACAACGCAAAACCAUUGUUUCUAGAAAGAGAAAUCCUCGCUCUACUACAACUGCUAGACCUCAACAGCUCCAAGAUACUGAGGGAGAGGAAAAAACUGAUACUGACAAAAACAUGUCAACCAUGUUCAACAUAUUAAGGGAAAACAAAAAGGUCCAACUUGAACACCUCAUUUUGAACAGAUUUUCUUUUGCUCAGACAGUUGAAAACCUGUUUGCCCUCUCAUUCUUGGUCAAAGAUGGUCGCGCUGAAAUCAGUAUGGAUGACAAACGUUCACACUAUGUUUCACCAAAGAAUGCUCCUGCUGCCAACUCUAUAAUGUCAAAAGAAGUUUCUUACACUCAUUUUGUCUUCAGAUAUGAUUACAAAGAUUGGAAGAUAAUGAAGGAUAUUGUGCCUGAUGGCAAAGAGCUAAUGCCACAUAGGAUUCAGUACAGUACUGCGGCUGAUCCAUCACAGGAAGAGAUGGGUGGUGACAGUUCCACACAAGCUUUGGCUGUGACUCCUAUCAGGAAGAUAUCUAGGAACCGAGGGCGUGUUCUGCAGGAGGAGAGUGUUGUGGAAGAAUCUCCUGAAUGUGAUGAUGAAAAUGCUUCUAGAGCUGCUGCAAUCCGAAGGUGUAAGCGUAAACUUCAUUAGGAAAUUGCAUAUUAUGCCAGAGGCUGUAAAUAAUUGUAGAUCCGUUGAAGUACAAUGCCUUUUUGACUUUGCUAGAAUGCAUCGCACAUUCUCCCUUUUUUGGAUUUUGGAAUGUUGCUUCUACUGCCAUCUCUUUUAAGUACCGUCUUUAAAUUGGUUAAAUGUGUAAACUUGUUUAGGUAUUGGUGGUUGCCUUGUUAACGUGGCUAUCUGGAACA